CGCCAUCCUCUUCCUCACGCCGCUGCUGCUGCUGCCGCUGCCGCUCGCCGUGCCCACGCGGGAGGCSAAAUGUGCCUAUAUCAUCAUCAUCAUGGCUGUGUACUGGUGCACUGAAGUGAUCCCCCUGGCUGUCACCUCCCUCAUGCCCGUGGUUUUUUUCCCUCUGCUUGGAGUUCAGAGCUCCAAAUCAGUGUGCUUGCAGUACCUAAAUGACACAAACAUGCUCUUUGUUGGAGGGCUGAUUGUUGCAAUYUCUGUUGAACAAUGGAAUCUUCACAAAAGGAUUGCACUGAGGGUCCUUCUGAUUCUUGGGGUGAAACCUGCACUCCUGAUGCUGGGAUUCAUGAUAGUCACUGCCUUUCUGUCCAUGUGGAUCAGUAACACGGCCACCACUGCCAUGAUGGUUCCCAUUGUCCAGGCUGUCCUGGAUCAAAUGGACAGCACAGAGCACGACGUGACCAUGAUGGAACAGGCAACUGGGCAAACAAAUGCAGUGAUCGAGCUGGAGGAGAAGAGCACAGCAGAGUGCACUGCAGUGCAUGUUGUAGGCAAUGGACAAGUCCCUGAUGACCCCAAAGUUUCUGAGGAAAAGAACAUGAGAAAGCAUAUAUGCAAGGGAAUGACACUUUGUGUGUGCUAUGCUGCCAGCAUAGGAGGAACUGCCACACUCACUGGAACAGGACCAAACAUGGUACUGAAAGGCCAGAUGAAUCAGUUAUACCCCAACAACAAUGAUAUUGUGAAUUUUGCUUCCUGGUUUGGAUUUGCAUUCCCAAACAUGAUCCUGAUGUUGGUGCUAGCUUGGCUGUGGUUACAGUGCUCCUUCAUGGGACUCAACUUUAAAAAAAGCUGGGGCUGUGGGACAGAGAGAACUGCCAAAGAAAAAGCUGCAUAUGAUGUGCUGAAGGCAGAAAUGAAGAAAUUAGGYCCUAUCUCUUAUGCGGAAUUCAAUGUCCUCUUCAUGUUUGUAUUGCUGGUGCUCUUGUGGUUUUCCAGACACCCAGGCUUUGUAAAAGGCUGGGCCACCAGGCUCUUCCCAGAAGGAGAAAAGUAUAUCACUGAUUCUGCUCCUGCUGUGUUUAUUGCCCUGCUACUGUUUAUCCUUCCUGCUCAUAAGCCCAAAUUCAUAGCCUGGAAUCCAAGCAUGUCUGACCCUGAACAGASUGAAGAAGAUAUAAAAAAGCCAUUUUUAUCAGCCCCGCUGCUAGACUGGAAUGUGGUUCAGAGGAAGAUGCCCUGGAGCAUUGUGCUGCUGCUGGGAGGAGGUUUUGCUUUGGCUGAUGCAAGCGCAAACUCUGGGCUCUCAGCUUGGCUGGGUCACCAAAUGACUCCUCUGGGAUCUAUCCCCCCCUGGGCCAUUGCAACCGUGCUCUCUCUCAUCAUAGCUGUUUUCACGGAGUGCACCAGUAACGUGGCCACCGCCACGCUCUUCCUGCCCGUCUUUUCAUCCAUGGUUAGAUCUGGAAUAGUGAUGAACAUCAUUGGAGUCUUCUGCGUCACACUGGCCAUCAACACGUGGGGAAGACCUAUGUUUGAGCUGGACACAUUCCCAACCUGGGCAAAUAGCACAACAAACCAGUGAACAGUGAAGAAUUCAUGUGUUGAACAAGGAAAUGACCCUUACUACUCCCUAYUGCCCAAAGUCCUGUAUAGAGUCUCAUCAGCACUUCAGAUCCAGUGUUAAGUGUUUGCUGCCUCCCAGCAGUCGCACACCAGUUCAGGUUUGAACCAACCCAGACUUACUCCGGCUGGAGCCAAAAGUGUUUUUGAUUAUUCAACCUUAGGGAUCAUGUGUAUGAUCUGGAUCUGGGUCAUAAUAUGACCAAGUGAUCCGUUGUACCUCCAACCAAGGUCAAGAAUUAGGAUUUAUCAAACCUUCAAAUAAAGAGAGGGAAGGCUGUUGUAUCAAAAAGUUUAAGCUAUUGUAUCACUGGUGAACUAUUAUAUCACUUGUAAACCAUUAGCAUUGAACAUUGCACUCAGGCAGGGACUGAGCAUUCCUUACCUGUUCCUUAUAGCUACCACUCAGCAGCUGUAUGGAGGAACCCCUGUUUUCACUUGUCUGGUGAAGCUGGGGUGUGUGAUGUUAUGCUCUGUUAUAUUCCAGUUGGGCCUAAGCCAUGUGGUGGGAUCCUUCCAAGUCAACAUCCAACACACUUUCUCGUGCCUUGUUUACACUCACAAGUCUGACUGCAUUUAGAUACCUUUAUUGAGGAUUGAGAUAAUUCCAUGCUGGUCACRAUUCAGCUGAUGUCUCAGACAAUGAUGCAUUAAGACUGGCUCUGUGUUUCUGGCACUGUGGUAAUUAGAGGGUCAGGAGCCUUUCCCUCAGUCCCAGAUGUGAUUUCACAUGCCAGCCAGUGUUUCCUGAGUGCCAGCCUGGCGA